UACAUGUAUGUAUGUUGUGAAAAAACUAUUUUUGUAUUUCAAUUUUUAAUUGAGGUAGAACAUCGAUAGUGCUGCCUGUUGAUAAAGUAGUAUAACGUUUAACUUUACCAACCGGAUAAGUUCAGAAGUUUAUUGACUAUACUUGACUGUAUCGAUGUUUGGAAAAAAUAGCGUCUUAAAAGUUUUGUAUGCAAUCUGAUAAAACGCAUAAUUAAGGGAGACGUAUGGCUGCAUUCCGGACGUGAUAUUAACCUUAAUUUUGCGGUAUUUUGCUCGAAAUUAUAAAAACGAGCAGUAUGGCUAAAAUUGUUGAAUCCUUGAAGAGAUUGAGCGUUGAACAUAGUACGAGAAAACCCGAUGACAACAAAAAUGUUAAAAGAAAAAGCGAAUUAGUAUCGUGUUUAGAAGAAGCAGUAUCUCUUGAUCACAAUUAUAUUCUUGCUAUCUGUGGAACACAAAGUGAUCCAGAAUUUAGGAUUGGUACAGCUUUGUCUGAUCAUACAUGUAUAAUAUAUUCUGUUGGGGAAAGUGUAACUCAGACCAUUACUUUAAGUCACAGUAAAGCACCUAUUGUUGGGAUUCGGUUUAGUCCAACUUCUAGAAAUAUUUUUUAUAUAGCAACAAAUGAUGGACAAAUUACAGCAUGCGAUUUGCGUGCUAAAGGAAAGGUUAUUGCAGAGUUUAAAGAUAGUACAGAAGAUGGAAAAAUGAAACCUCUUUGUAGUUUUGAUAUGAGCUGUGAUGAAAGGCUUAUAGCAGGUGGUACUGAACAUAUUGGAGGGGAUGCAUUUAUUUUAUUUUGGGAUAUAAGACAUUCUAAUUCAAAAUUAGAUGAUAAAAAUAAUCUUCUUGGUGGGUACUGGGAAUCUCACAUGGAAGAUGUGACUUCUUUGGCAUUUCAUUCUAGUAAACAGGAUAUCUUAGCAUCUGGUAGUACAGAUGGAUUGAUUAAUGUCUUUGAUCUUACACAGCCAUCAGAAGAUUCUGCCCUAACUUAUUCCUUGAACACUGAAUCAUCCGUGGAUAGGAUAGGCUGGUUGAAUGAUGAUAACCUUUGGUGCACAACUCAUACACAUUCACUACAACUUUGGGAUUGUGAUGGAGCAACUCCGUAUGCUAAAUUUGAACGUGCUAAUUUAGCAAUUUCACAGAAUGAUGAUCCAGAUAACUGUUAUGUAGUCAGGUGUCAUGCUUCAAAUGCACUUGAACAACCAUUCUUACUAGCAGGUUCCAGUAAUAUCAAAGGGGAAAAUUUAAGAUGUUUGAAUAUCAUAAAUGACCGAUUAGAAGUGUCUCAUAACAUGGUGGGAAAUAAACAAAUUGUACGCGAUAGUUGGUUACAUGAAAAGAGUGGUUCGUUAAUAACAGUAGGCGAAGGAGCACUUAUAAAUAUUUGGAGGCAAACGGAAACGAAUAUUCAACAAAAUUCUAGCCAUAAACUGGUGGCGAAAAUUGGUACUGGCAAAGGACGCGAACGCCAGCAUAGGACUAAGCCAUAUUAAAUAAAAAAUGAUAGGAUAAAAAUUUGUAAAUGCAAAAAGAAUUUUUGUAAGUAAAUAUAAUAAACAGAAGAGAAAUAUCACGUAACAUUAACAUAAUCGUACAUUUCCCUCACGUUCUUCUUUAUUACAAUAACAGUUGUAUGUACAUUUAUAAUAAAUAGAUAUUAUUUCUUUAUGUGAUUAAUGAUUUAACGUAUCAAUCGAAAAAUGUAGCACAUGUGUAUAUAAACGUUAAGGAAUGUAAAUCACAUAUCAGUGUGUAUAUAUUUAUAUAUAGAAUUGAAACAGGAAGAAAAAUACUCGUAAAUACUUGUUUAGUUCUGUCAAGUAAUAGAUCAACUUCAGUGGGAUCGUCUUACGGAAAAAUUAUUUCAUUUCUUAACGAUUUAUUAAAAUAGGAGCAUAUGACGUGCAUUUGUUGCAAAAUAGACGCAUUUAGCGUUAUAGCGAGUAAACGAUAAUUUUGACACAGCAUUCAAGUAAAUAAUAUGAAGUUGUAGUUACUCUUCAACCCAUUAGCGAGGGCACAGUGCGGUAAAAUAAAUCAGAAGGCAGUAAUAUUUUUGAAAGCUACUGAACAAUUGUUUGAUUAUAAAGGUAAUUAUAAAAUAAAAAUAAUUCUCCUAAAUGUUGCAUCUAUUUAUAAAGUAAACUGAUGUAUUUACAUUUCCAGGCAAUAUAAUCAGAAAGGAGUAGUAAAAAGGUGAUCUUAUGGAAUGAAAGUUUGAAGGAAUAAUGAAGAGUAUUUAACACUUUCAUUGUUACCUAAAAUGCAUGAAUCCCCUAUCAAGAGUUUCAUAAUUAAUUGCAUGCACAGCAGACCUACUUACCAGAUUAUGAAUAACUUUGUUAAGUAUCUAUAAGAAUGUCUAAUAUGCACAGUUAAGUAUUCUGUCUAAUACAAUGAGAGUGUUAAGUACAAAGUAUUGAAUUGUCGUAACUGCAGAGGCACAGAGCACCACGCUAUAGAUUGCAGAUUAUAUGACUGAAGUACCAAAUGUUUUUAGCUUUAUGAAUUGGAUGGUAAGAAAUACAUAGUUAUGUAGUAUGGUACCUCUGACCUCUAUAGCGAAUGAACAUAUGUAUAGUGACUUUGGUUGGAUGAGUCGGG